CGCAGUCCCCUCUCAGCAGAGGCUAUAAUCUCGGCCUACUCUACCUUCUUGGAGAUUAUAAUUGCCAACUAUCGUCUUUUGCGUACAUCUCAGAUGCUCUACCUUAACCAUGUGCCUCAGUUGACACAUUCCCGCAUUUCACGUCUAAUGUCCACUUUAAAUAGUAUGAUUCAAUCAAUGAUAAUCUGGCUUACUGAGUUGACUGAUAUCCUUCCUUCUAAGGGAUCUUCACAAAGCUCUCGAGUAUGGAGAGACUCAUAUGCUCGUUUGCCCUAUCUCGACCUCUCCAUUUGCCACUUUUUCAGCAAAAUAUUGGAACUUCAUUCUCUCUUCAGCCCCCAGUGUAAUUCGAUGCAGACAACAGUUCACCUUGUACGGUCUAUCUGGUCCCUUGUUGUCAAGCCAUUAUUUUUAAACCGCCUCUCUGAUGUCUCAAGUAAACCAUCGAUAUGGCGCCUGCGCCUCGUGUAUCUGCUCGUCUCCAAACUUUCCUGCGGACUUGCUAUGUCUCCUUCAUCUUCUGGCAGCUGCAAUGACUCUUCGGUUAUUAAGGAAUUAAAUCUUACCGCGCUCCUUUGGCCCGCAGAGCCUUUCGUCUCUCUGGCCCUAGCUGAAGAGAAGCUCGACUUUUGCCACUUGAUUCCACUCUACUGGAUCUUGUCUUACAAGGGUGCAGCUACCUUGAUUGAUUUUAUUCCGGAAAUAUCCACAGUUUUUAAUGAGUAUCCACCUCUUCUUUUCGUGCCAUCGUCCGAGGUUAGACUUAAUAAACAGCGGGCUCAUCUGUUUGACUUUCUUCUCUGCCAAUUAUGCCGACUUCAGCUACAUCACCAAGCUCGAAUAGCUUUACCCUUAACGCAGAAGACACACGAUUCAUAUCAGCCAAUUCUGCCAGCAGACUUAUGUCAUCGAGUACUUUUGUCAGUUUGCUUGCUCCGUCUAUCUUCUUCCAUGGCUCAUCCUAUCGGAGCCAUAGAUCUUUCCAAAUCAUCCUCUAUUAAAAACAUGGAAUCCCACGUGCAGUUACUGGUCGAUGAAGUUCUCCAACAUCUAACUUCCUCAUUGCUUCGCUUCCCAUCCACCAUUUUAGUCUCCUCUCCUCUGCAUAAUGCGGCCAAGACCUUGCGGACACCGACUUCCUCCAUGAAACCUACAUGUCCGCCUUUACGGAAGCGUCGAUCGACUGAAGAAUCUAUCAAGUAUCAAAGCUCAACAGGCACAACUGAUAACUUAGUUGCAGGCUUCAGAGAGACCCGGUAUGAUGACGGCCAAAAAGUUUUGAACCUUAUUGCCCUUCUCAGGCUCCUUCUAAAUAGUGACACUGUUUCCAUCAUUUAUCCUUGCUUCUCUUAUGAAAAUUUCACCCGGCUUUACGCAGUUGUCAUUCGACACCCACUGAAUCUAUUACAGUUGGCUGAAGAAGCCCAAAUUUUAAAUAUGACCGCUACAAAUACUGAACGAAAACAGAUAAGCCGUCUAGAUAUUUUUGAUGAAAAAUAUAGUCCUACUAAAUCUUCUGUUUUUUCAACUGAUAGUCAUCUUAGUGAGAGAGCCUUUCAAGAUGAGAUAAAUGAACAACGGUUGACAAAUGCCAUUCGCCGAGAUAUUGAGCUUAGAUCCCAUCUUCACACCAUUCUUUUAAAUUUCGCUCUGGAGUGUUCUGUAAAGAAAGACUGCCGUUCUAUGAUGGAGAAUCGGUCUGGAAAGAAAAUUGUACAGACGGCCCUAGAGCCUUGUUGCCUUGUCGCGAGCGUUACAGGUCUUCUGGAAGAAGCCUUGUUUAUGAGAGAUCCGUCCUCACUCUCUACAAACACUACUUUUAUUUUAUGGAUGGUCGAAUUGGUCUCACAAUCGGCAAAUCUUAUUGCCCAGCAGAAGAUGAUUGGGACAACCAUGAGGUCGCUAGAAGACGGCGACUGUCUGCCUGGUCUGCUAACGUGUCUUCUGGAGGCUACUCGCCUCGGCUUCAAGCAUCAGCUGUCCCGACAACGGCAACUACCAGAAGCCCUUUUUAUGCGGCUUCUUUCGGCAGCGCUUAGUCUGGCUGAUUGCCUCUAUAGGCUUGCAUCACGAUUACAGAAGAGUGAAUUUCUUACUGACACAGCCGGAAAUCUAAUACGCAUGCUUGAGACGGCAAUUAGGUUAGGCUUAGAUAGAUGGCCUGCUCCCUCCGAUCAAUUUGCCCUGUUGAUUAUCAAGUGUCUUGAUUAUUGGAUCAUGGUGAGUCAUUUCAAAUACAUGUUUGUUAGUUUUAAAGAUUAUAUCUUCUUGGUUGCACUUUAA